AUGGCAGAGCUUUCUGAGACAGAUGGACCAGUAGAUUGGAAAGAACGAUGUGUAGCUCUGGAGUCCCAGCUCAUGAAAUUUAGAGUUCAAGCAAGCAAGAUAAGAGAGCUCUUAGCAGAGAAGAUGCAGCAGCUUGAGAGACAAGUUAUUGAUGCUGAACGUCAAGCAGAAAAAGCUUUUCAACAGGUACAAGUUAUGGAAGAGAAAUUAAAAGCAGCUAAUAUUCAAACCAGUGAAUCAGAGACAAGGCUGUAUAAAAAGUGUCAAGAUCUAGAGACCCUAAUACAAGAAAAAGAUGACAUCAUUCAAAACUUGGAACUGCAGCUUGAAGAACAGAAACAAAUCAGGAUACAAGAAGCUAAAAUAAUAGAAGAGAAAGCAGCUAAGAUCAAAGAAUGGGUAACACUUAAAUUAAAUGAGCUGGAAUUAGAAAAUCAGAAUCUUCGUUUGAUCAACCAAAACCAAACAGAAGAGAUAAGAACAAUACAGUCAAAACUACAAGAAGUUCAGGGGAAGAAGUCAUCCACUGUUUCCACACCAAAGCUUUUGGAAGGCCAGCGCCUAAGUAGUUUGACCUUUGGGUGCUUUUUAUCCCGAGCAAGGAGUCCUCCUCAAGUAGUAAAAUCUGAGGAAACGAGCAAGAUAUCAUCUAAAGAACCCGAGUUCAUUGAGGGAAAAGACAUAGAAGAAAUGGAAAUUCCAGAAAAGUCGGGCGAGAACCAAAUUCAAGAAAACAACCUGGGUCAGAGAACGUUGCAUCAAACCCCUUGUGUCCUGGAACAGAAUCGGAAAACAAGAACGAGCUUUGCAACAGAUGGUGGUACAUCCCAGAAUUCUGGGGCUCCAGGGAGUGACUGGAGCUCUGAUGAGGAGGACGGGAGCAAAGGAAGAUCCAAUUGCAGGUACACGUCCACUCUUUCCAGUCACACGUCAGAGGAAGGGGUCCAGUGUAGCAGAAUGGGCAGCGAGGCGUACCUGACAGCGUCUGAUGACAGCAGUUCUAUAUUCGAAGAAGAGACUUUUGGCAUAAAGAGACCAGAACACAAGAAGCUGUAUUCUUGGCAACAGGAGGCACAGUGGAAAGCUCAGAAUUGUCCUCUCGUAAAGGGAAAUUCUGAAUCAAGUAAAAACGAGCACGAUAGUUCGUCAGAUGAACUGAAUAAAAAAUUUCAGUCUCAGAGACUGGAUUAUUCAUCGUCGUCGAGUGAGGCCAACACCCCCAGCCCUAUUUUGACUCCAGCUUUGACUCCCAAGCAUCCUAAUUCGCUCCCUGGAAAAGGUACACAAUUAGUGCCUUCAUCAAACCUCCCGCCCCCAAAGUUAAGGAUUCCUAAUGUGUUCAGCAUAAGUGUGGCGCUAGCCAAAAGGCACUUAAGCCAGCCACAGUUAAGUUCCGAUAGGAUGUUUGGUACAAACAGAAAUGCCAUAAGCAUGAUACGCCCGCUCAGACCUCAGGAAACAGACCUUGAUUUAGUUGAUGACAACAGUACAGAAAUUUUAGAGAAUAUGGACACCAGUUGUGAUGACGGAUUGUUUUCCUAUGACUCCCUGGAAUCCCCGUGCUCCGAAGACCAGGAACCCUGUGACUCGGCCAAGAAGCCGGCAUGUGGCAAACCGCCCACCCCGCCCCUGCACCGCUUUCCCUCUUGGGAGAGCAGAAUUUAUGCUGUAGCCAAAUCAGGCAUGCGAAUGUCUGAGGCCUUCAAUAUGGAGAAUGUUAAUAAAAAUUCCGUUGCUCUGUUGUCCUAUACCACAUCAGGACUCUAUACCUCUCUGAUAUACAAGAAUAUGACAACCCCUGUGUAUACAACUUUGAAGGGGAAGGCAACACAAAUAAGCAGCAGCCCAUUCCUGGAUGACUCCUCUGGGUCAGAGGAAGAAGAUGGUUCCAGAUCCAGCUCACGGACAUCGGAGUCAGACACGCGCAGUCGGAGUGGCCCAGGCAGCCCUAGAGCCAUGAAACGAGGUGUGUCUCUCUCUUCAGUGGCAUCUGAAAGUGAUUAUGCCAUCCCCCCAGAUGCUUACUCCACAGACACAGAGUACUCACAGCCAGAACAGAAGCUCCCUAAAACUUGCUCAUCAUCCAGUGAUAACGGGAAAAAUGAACCACUGGAAAAAUCUGGCUAUUUAUUAAAAAUGAGUGGUAAAGUCAAGACUUGGAAGAGGAGGUGGUUUGUUCUUAAAGGUGGUGAAUUACUUUACUAUAAAUCUCCGAGUGAUGUAAUUAGAAAACCCCAGGGCCAUAUUGAACUUAGUGCAUCCUGUGGUAUUUUAAGAGGAGAUAACAAACAAACAGUUCAGUUGACCACUGAAAAACACACAUACUAUCUGACUGCAGAUUCUCCCAAUAUAUUGGAAGAAUGGAUUAAAGUGUUACAGAAUGUUCUCCGAGUACAAGCUGCCAACCCGCUUUUCCUGCAGCCUGAGGGCAAACCAACGGUGAAGGGAUUGCUCACCAAGGUAAAGCAUGGCUACUCCAAAAGAGUCUGGUGUACUCUUAUAGGAAAAACAUUAUAUUAUUUUCGUAGUCAAGAAGAUAAGUUUCCUUUAGGUCAGAUCAAACUCUGGGAGGCUAAAGUUGAAGAAGUUGAUAGAUCCUGUGAUUCAGAUGAAGAUUAUGAAGCCAGUGGGAGAAGUCUGUUAUCCACACAUUACACCAUCGUGAUCCACCCGAAAGACCAAGGUCCGACUUACCUCCUGAUUGGAUCCAAGCAUGAAAAGGACACUUGGCUUUAUCAUCUGACUGUUGCAGCAGGAAGUAACAAUGUAAAUGUUGGAUCAGAAUUUGAACAACUCGUUUGCAAACUGCUAAAUAUUGAAGGAGAACCUUCUUCUCAGAUAUGGAGACACCCUACUUUGUGUCACAGCAAAGAAGGAAUCAUUUCCCCAUUGACAACACUACCUUCUGAAGCUCUACAGACAGAAGCUAUUAAAUUAUUUAAGACAUGCCAGCUUUUUAUAAAUGCAGCAGUUGACUCCCCUGCGAUUGAUUAUCAUAUAUCUCUAGCCCAGAGUGCUUUGCAAAUCUGUCUGACACAUCCUGAGCUCCAGAAUGAAAUUUGCUGUCAGCUCAUUAAACAGACAAGACGGAGACAGCCACAGAAUCAACCAGGACCGCUGCAGGGCUGGCAGCUCUUGGCUCUCUGUGUUGGGCUCUUCCUUCCCCACCAUCCUUUCCUGUGGCUCCUCAGGCUCCACCUAAAGAGGAAUGCAGAUUCCAGGACAGAAUUUGGAAAAUAUGCCAUUUACUGUCAGCGAUGUGUGGAAAGAACACAACAAAAUGGAGAUCGAGAAGCAAGACCCUCAAGAAUGGAAAUUCUUUCAACCCUUCUUCGAAACCCUUACCAUCAUUCUUUGCCCUUCAGUAUCCCCGUGCACUUCAUGAAUGGGAUAUAUCAGGUAGUUGGAUUUGAUGCAUCUACCACAGUGGAAGAAUUUUUGAACACUUUGAACCAAGAUACAGGAAUGAGGAAGCCAACACAGUCUGGCUUUGCAUUAUUCACGGACGAUCCUUCUGGCAGGGAUUUAGAGCAUUGUCUUCAAGGAAACAUAAAGAUAUGUGACAUUAUUUCUAAGUGGGAGCAGGCCUCCAAAGAACAGCAGCCUGGGAAAUGGGAAGGUACGAGAACUGUUCGUCUAACUUAUAAAAACAGACUAUAUUUCUCAAUGCAAGCUCGUGGAGAGACUGAUAGAGAAAAGUUGCUGUUAAUGUAUCAGACAAAUGAUCAAAUAAUAAAUGGACUUUUUCCUCUGAACAAGGACCUGGCAUUAGAAAUGGCAGCUCUUUUAGCUCAGGUGGAGAUUGGAGAUUUUGAAAGACCCUUUUCAACUCCAGCAGGGCAUGUUACUAAUCAGUGCAAAACAAAUCAAACUCUAAAACAAGUCAUAGAAAAAUUUUAUCCUAAAAGGUAUAGAGAUGACUCUUCUGAAGAGCAGUUAAGGCAGCUCUGUCAGCGACUGUCGACCAGAUGGAUGGCCCUCCGGGGACACAGCGCUGCUGACUGUGUGCGAAUUUAUUUGACAGUAGCCAGGAAGUGGCCAUUCUUUGGUGCCAAGUUGUUUCUUGCGAAACCCGUAACUCCAUCCGCACUCGGAAGUACUUUCAUGUGGCUGGCUAUCCAUGAGGAUGGUUUAAGCAUCUUAGAAUACAACUCCAUGAGGUUAAUAGUCAGCUAUGUGUACAAGAGUCUAAUGACCUUUGGAGGUCAUCAAGAUGAUUUUAUGAUAGUCAUUAACAAUACACAUUCAAAGGACAAACCAACAGAGAAAUUACUUUUUGCCAUGGCAAAACCCAAGAUUCUUGAAAUCACUCUUUUGAUCGCCAGUUACAUAAACAACUUCCAUCAGCAAAAGGCAACCUUUCACCACCUCUCUGCUCCAGCGCUGCUCUCAGCCCAGACGCGGGGACCGGAAGCCAGGGCAGUGGGAAGCCAGCCCCUUCUGUCAAGUAGCAGACCGACUAAAGGACCCACCUUACUCUGA